AUGGCUUCUUCUUCUUCCUCUUCUAUUCCAUCAUCUCGUAAACGUCGUGAUCCUCAUCUCACCAAUGACACCUACAGUACGACGAAGCGACUGGCGUUUUGCGAGCCACAGUUGGCGACGGGUGCGUCACAUCACGUGCUUCUAGCCACGCCACUGCCAGUACCACCUCAGCCACCAAUCAAGCAAAGAAGAAUGGCUGCUCCACAAGUUCUCACUUCGGAUCAUCCAUAUCAUCAUCAACAUGAUGCAACUGCUGUAUUCCGUGCACCAGCCAAUACUGAUGUUGCAUCUGCAAGAGCAGCUAUCAAAGCGAGUUUUUAG